AGCAUGCUCUUUUAAAUAUUUAUCUGUCUAAGAUUACAUUCAUAUUACUCUCAUGUAAAUACACAUAAACACACAUACUAAAACAAUAAAAUAUGGCUGUCCCAUUUUCUAAUUUGACGAAGGAAAUAAUGAAUAACCAUUAAAAUAUAUUAUUAUUAUUAUUAUUAUUAUUAUUAUUAUUAUUAUUAUUAUUAUUAUUAUUAUUAUUAUUAUUACUUCAAUUUUAUGUCAUUGAUAAAAACCAUCCGCUGUCCUACUUGAACAAGUGAAAAUAAAAGGAGAAAGAGAAACGUCCGGAUAGAUAGCUCUGAUGCAAUUGUCACUUAUUAACAGUCUCUGUGUUUUAUACACAUCUAUGCUCUCAAUACGAUUUCGCCAUUGAGGCCAGUUGCAUGAACAGAGCCAUCAUAACAUUUGACCGGAGAACUUGAAGAACUCUUGUAUAGUGAAAACAUUUUUUGAUGACGUGUCUAUGAAUGGAAGAAGGGGCGAGAGAUUGAGUGUGAGGGAAAAAGAAACGAUAGAAAGGCAGUAGUGAGAGCAGGGCUGCAAUAAGAAACGGAAAGCGUAAGGAGGAGGAGGAAGGACAAAGGUAGAAGAGAAGAGAGGAAGGAAGAAGAGAUGGAGAAAAGGAGCGAGAAGUUUCCAUAAGUUUGUCAUUCGAACUGUUCACCCCAUGGAGUAAUGUACUGGAGAAAAUGAUUGAGGUUUAUAUAUAAUGAAGAAAAGGGAGCGCUUACACAGUCAAAAGUGGAGUUUAAAAAAAAAUUGAAGUGAAAUAAAAUAAAACUCAUCUAAGAUCCUAAUUAAUUAAUUCUUUGGUGGAUUGAUUAUUUAAGAGGUUAACGGAACUGAAUGUUUAAGUUCGCUCUGGCAUGAUGGUCAUUGAAUCAGAUGUAGAGCCGUGAUCUUUGUACUUAUAUCAUAUCCGAGGUACACAGGAAGGAUCCAAACUCAACACCGAGAGAUAUUGAAACACACGUCAACUUUAUAGUACUGCUUCUGAUUACAUCGAUUCUUUAUGUUGUUAUGGAAAGAGUUAUAAAAUUCCAGACUCAAAUUAUUGACGUGUUCCAGCCCAUUGACCAUUCUUGCAAAGUAUUCAUAUCGUGACAUUUCUAAAGGAACUCAUUUGACUGCAGCCGUGCUGGAACACCACCUUUAGUCGAACAAAUUGACCCCAGGACUUAUUCUUUGUGUGCCUCAAUAAAAAGAAUUUAACGGAAUAAUUUAAAACUUGCAAGAAUAUAUUUCAGUAAUUACACAUCUGGGAACUUUAAUUCAAUUAUAUUAUUUAUGGAAAACUUGAACUGAAGGAACUCUACAAAUAUCAAGAGUAAAUUGAUAUUUGCCUCAAGAGGACACAUCUCUACUAUUGAACCAAAUACUUAACACGUCAGCUUUUUCUGGAAAUAGGUUUUUCCAUAUUACAACUCCCAAAAUAUUUACCAUUUUCUGCCAUCAAAAGAAAACAAUAUGCCAAAUACACAUAAAAACGUAAAACAAAAUCAUAAACAAAAUAAGUUUAUAAGUCAAUGAAAUUGAUUACAUACUUAAGCCAUAAAAAAUAUAACGGUAUACAUUUCUAUUACUUCCUAUUUUUCACACUUAAUAAGAAGACUCUUUCUUUUCUUCAAUCGAUUUUAAUUAAAGCUUUAAAGUACACUUAGCCAAAGUUCCAAAUUUUUUAUAUCCCUUAUUUUCCGUUAGAAGUGAAAAGAGGAAUAAUAAUUUAGGUUUCACAAUUCUGGUUGAACUGAUUUUAGAAAAAUACAAAUAUAUUUAUACACGCGCACAAUCAAGAUCUAUAUAGAAAGAAAAGAAAGGAAAAUUGCAGUAAUUAUAUUCUUUAAAUUAACCGUUAUUGUCUGUGGAAGAAUGCUCGGACACAACGUUACUAUAGCCGAUCAAUAAAAGAGAACUAUAAAGCAAACUAUUUCAUACAGAAUCAAUUUAAAAACAGUCACGCUUCUAAAAAAAAAAGAGAGACCACAUAAAACAGGGUAUGAGGAAUACAAAAAAGAAUAUUUGCUUCUCUAUACAUCCAUUUAUAUUUGUUAUUUAUGAUUAAACGAAAAAUAUAUAGGAGAUUGUUCAGUUGAUGUACAACUUAAUAUAUCAACAACAAACAGUUACUGUUCAGAUAUACCUUAAUAUUGACUAGCAUUUUACGCACAUCCAUCAAAUACACAAAUCAGAAAAAAUAGUCUAUUAAUUGAAAUUUUUAAAACUUUAUAUUUGAAGUGGGCGGACACGGUAAAGUGAUAAACUGGUAAAUUACCUGAGAACCAAGUCCACCACAUAUUUGUUUCGAUUCCCGGUUGUAAUUAUAACUUUUGAAUACAUUACGAACGUGAAGUGCAUUUUUAUCCCACAUAAUCUUACUUCUCUCUGCUAUAUGUCAUAGACAUUUGCGCCUGUGUAAAGAAUGCAUUGGUUAAUAUGACGGAGCUUCCAUGAAUGGUAUUACAACUUAUUCUUUCAUCAAUUUUUGUAUCAAACUAUUUAAACUAUCCUAAUUUUUAUAGCAAUCAGCUGUGUUGACAUUAAAAAUCAAUCGAUUUAACAUUCUGGCCAGUGAAUAUAACACGCAGCCAUAUUGCAUUUAAUUCUAUCUAUUACUUAACUUUCAAAUCGCGAUAUACUUCGUGAUUUUUCAUCUUAAAUCCUUGAAGUAAUUUAAUUUUAUCAAAAUACCUUUGGAACCCAUUGGAUGUGAAAUCAUCCCAUUUUUAAACUCUACAAAUAUAAUUCUUCUUUUCUAUGUGAGACCCCAUUUUAUUAAUGAUAUGCUCUUUUAUGCACUAGAACCCCAAAGCGACAGAAUGUAGAUAUUUCAUAUUCUCGAUGUUUUGAGACCUGAACUUAUGGUUCCGAAAAUUCGCCAAAUGAAGUUCAAUUACAUGCAUGUGACAAUCUAUACAGCAUCAGCAACAGAAAGAACAGCAGCAAAAACAACAAAACAACAAUCCCUUAUAAUACCAAGUCGCUAUAUUGUCUCUGAAAUUAAACCAAAUAAAAGGACCGAAAUCGUUAUUUUGUUCUGAAUCUAAACUAUGUGUAAAAGAAAUGAACAACAAACAAAUAGUAUCUCCCUUUGUGGGAGAAGCACAACUGUUUCAUGUGUCUUAAAUGAAGUUUACUGAUAAUGAAUGUUCGAAUUUACAGCAAUUUCAAUAUUAUUAAAUCAAUAAAUACUUCCAAUUUAAUUAACGUAUUGAUAUGGCAUUAUUAUCAAUGUUCCACGAUGAAUACAAGGACAGACAAUCUUACUUAAAUAACAGUUUAUAUUAUUUAUGCCAUACUAAGCAUUUGCUUUGCCACAAUCAGGAUGUAAAAAAUAAUAGUAAAACAACUUUGUGGAAGAAAGAAUAUUAAAACAAAAUCUUCAGUUUUCAAAAGGUUAAUUCAUUUUUACAAACAUCAAGUAACCAUUCUAUCUCAGACAUUUCAUUUUCAACAAUUGAUGUAGACUGGAAUAUUGAAACAUCUUGAUUCUCUGUUCUACUGCAUGUUGGCUAAUAUUGGAUUAUCUAAGCUCUGAAGCUAAGAUAUAUUUUAAACAGUAAAUAACGUUGUCAGGGCUGACUGUUUAUCUAUCUCUUUUUUCUCUUUGUUUCUCUUCCUCCCUCUCCCUCUCUUCUCCUCCUCCGGAUUCGAUUUAUAUGCAUGUAUGUAUAAGCAUAUAACGGGGAAAGAGGCUGAGAUAAUCAUUCAUUAAUUAAGUGAGGAGUAUUAUUGCAGUGGAUUCCAAGAACAUGAACUGAGUUAUUCAAUACUAUAAUAUGAAACGAAAUCAUUGAGAAGCUUAAAUUAAAUAACAUAUUUGCUGAAAAAUGGUAUAUAUUACCGAUCCUGUUUAAACAUGAGAAUAAUUUAUGUAAAUAUUAAUUAGAACAAAUAAUAAAAAAUAAUAAGUUAUCAAUUGUUUUAAUCCAAUAUAUGUCGAUUAAAGAAUUGCUAUCCCUUAAUUGUUACUGGCAUUUGCGAAAUAACGUAUUUGCCAGUAAAUACUGCUUAGCUCCGAUUUUAUCGGGGAAUGAGCUCACUUAUUGAAGACCCUGAGAUACCUUUAGUCGGCAUGAAUAACCACAAGUGUCGUUCGUAUUCAAGCACCAACAAUGAAGAUAUCAAGGCCAAUUCUCACAGCAUUACCAGCAUCCGUCGAUACGGAACGGUUGGUAAGCGCUUGGCUAUUCGGCGCGAGCUUUAUCAGAAGAGACGCCGUAUGGGUGAUAUCUCCUUGUUGUUGGCUACCUUCGGAACCGUCCUCAUGAUGAUUGAACUCGAGUUGUGCCUUUUUUCCGUCAUUGAUAAAGCUUCAGCAAUGUCGUUCUUUGUCAAGGUCGGCAUUUCAAUCUCCACAGUUAGCCUUUUAGUGGUGCUGGCUCUUUACCAUCGGGUUGACAUUCAAUUAUUUACCAUAGACAAUUGUGUUGAUGAUUGGUGUCUCGCUAUCGAUAGGACUCGUGUGCUGAAAAUUGGAAUAGAAAUGUUAAUAUGUAGUGUGCACCCGAUUCCUGGCACUUAUACGAGCAGCAACCGCCAAGGAAACGCUGCACCUCAAUCUUCUUUAGCAUCGUCCACAAUAUCCUCAGGGGCUCUAAACUCAUCUGCUCUAUCUUUCGAGAUUCCUUCGUAUGAUGUAUUCCUAGCUCUACCCAUGUUCUUGAGGGUGUACCUUUUGUGUCGAAGUGUUAUGCUGCAUAGCAGACUUUACGAAGAUGCUUCUUCCCAGAGUCUUGGUGCACUUAAUCGAAUCCACUUCAAUUUUGCCUUCAUUUUUAAAUCUUUUAUGUCUCUACAUGCUGAGCAUGUACUUAUUAUGAUAACUAUUAUAGCAUUCCUCAUUAGCAGUUGGUGUUUGCGUCUUUGUGAAAUCCAAUUUCGUCCGACAGAAGCUACAAUGUUGAAUUCAAUGUGGCUUAUUGCUGUCACAUUUCUAUCGGUCGGUUAUGGAGAUAUAGUACCCGUAUCAUAUUGCGGUCGGGGUAUAGCUGUCAUUACAGGAAUCAUAGGUGCUGGCUGCACCGCUUUAGUGGUAGCCGUCUUAGCGCGGAAACUAGAAUUAACACGAGCCGAGAAAUAUGUGCAUGAUUUCGUCAUAGAUGCAGAUCUGAACAAACGAAUCAAACACGAAGCGGCUAAUGUGCUAAGAGCUGGUUGGUUAAUUUACAAGGCCAAUAAAAACAACGCUUCAAAGCGUGCCAUCAACGAACACCAACGUAAGAUGUUACGCGCCAUCUACCACAUUCGUGAGCGGAAAGCACAACAACGAAGAUUGCUGGAUAGUACAGUAACGCUUGUUGAAGUAAACAAAGGCCAGUCAGAUAUGUCUCUUAAUAUAGACCAAUUACGUAAUAAACAACAAGCUAUGGAAGAACAAAUUCUGAACAUUAAAUGUGCCGUCGGAGGAAUACACGAGAAGUUAGAUGGACUAUAUUAUAUCUUGAAUAAACCAACAUUAUGAGACCAAAAAUGGAAGGGAUGUGCGAAGAAAAAAGGAAAACAAAAACGAGGCUGUGUUAACUUUGCUUAUAUAUAUAUAUAUAUAUAUAUAUAUAUAUAUAUGGAUAUGGAUCCUAAAAACAAUAUUCUAUUUAUAUUCAUAGUUUUUAUUAAAAUAAAUCUCAAAGAAAGGAAAACAGAAUUUCCUCAGCAAUAGGUUCAAAACUCAGAUUAUAAAUUCGUGAUGGGACUGAAGUACGAAAGAUUUCACAUAUGAAUGGAAUAGAAUAUGUAAAAGAAAAAAAAAAGAAGAAUGAAUAUUAAUCUGAAAGAAAUGAAGUAUAAUAAUGAAGUUUGAAUCAUGAAUUUAACUGUUUACUACUGAGUUGCAGAUACUAUCUACUGUUUAUCUUUUAUGUAGCGAUCGUAAGCGGUCAGCAUGUGUUGAAUGCAAUAUAGACAUAAGGUUUCAUAAUUGCUAUGUUAUAAAAACAGAAGAAUGGGUGUAAAAAUGCUUUUUUUAAUUUGGAUAUUGUUUAAGCACAACUAUUGCCUUUUAAUAUAUGUUUAACUCCAUAGUACAUACAUUCUACGUAUGUGAGUAUAUACAUAAUUAAAUAUCUAUAGAGAUGUUUAUAUAUAUGCGCGUGCGUGUGUUUAUGUGAGUGUGUGUGUAUGUGUGUGAACGAUUAUAUAUACACAAUCCUUCUAUGUAUAUUAAUGUGUGUAUAUAUGAAUACAUACAUAUAUAUGUGCUCAUGUGUGCGUGCGUAUGCGUGUAUGUGUAAUUAUAUAUACAUAUAUCUAUCUAUGUAUAUCAAUAUGUAUGUGUAUAUAUGUGUGUACAUUUAUAUAUACAUAUAUAUAUGUUUUUAUUUAUAUAUAAAACAAAAACAUUAACCGAAUAAAGGACUCAAUAAACGAA